ACUUCUGCUCUCUGUUUUUUGUACUUUUGCUUCAGUGUCAUUUCAUCAAAAUGACGACUUUGUCCGUGUGGAUAUUUGGGCUUCUGUGCACCAGCCUUACAGGAGCACAUGGACUCAACUACAUUCCAGAAAAGUUUGUGGUAGCAAAUACGGGUGAUCAAAAUGAGGUCACACUAACCUGUGAUACGGCAUUCAGCGGAAAUGUCACAUGGAAGUUUGAGAAUGUCUUGGUGGAGGAGUUCUUCGAUAGUGUCCGGACGGAGGGUCAAAAUCUGAUAUUGACAGAAGUAGAUUCACCCAUGUUUGGAAACUACAGCUGCUGGAAUAAAGAAGAGAUGUUAUCAUUAACUUAUCUGCUGCAGGAGGCUGAGGAUGAAGAGGAGUUAGAUUCUUUCCUCACAUGUCGGGCAAAGUCUUAUGACUGUAAGUUCAGCUGUACCUGGACUGGCGGAGAAUACAAAGCAGUGCGCCUUGGACUGGGCCCUGACUGUUAUAAGGGUGGGAAGUCAUGUCGCUGGGUCAGCAGCAGUCAUCAGCUCCCGGAUGGGGGAUUCCAGUUUGAGCUUUCCCACUCCCUCUCACCCUAUGCUGAGGAAAGCAACAUGCUUGAACUGACUGCUGAGGCCAUGAACGACAACUUCGUCAUCCUCCGGAGGACCAAGAGAUUUUAUCUGAGAAACAUUGUUCAACCAGAUAGUCCCCAGAUUGUCAGAUGUCAGGAGGUGGAGCAGGACCUGAAUGUGACCAUUGAUCCCCCAUCCAGCUGGUCCACUCCUUACAGCUUCUUCAGUCUGGAGCAUGAGAUUGAAUACGUGUUAAAAGAUGAUGGCAAGACUGGACGUUCUUUAUCUGCUCUGAUACCGAAGAGUAUCAGCAUGCUGAGAGUUCGCUCCAGAGACUCGCUGGUGCUCUCAACCUGGAGCCAGUGGACUCCCUGGAAAAAUGUAACCUAUUGAUAUUGUUUGAACCCACCACCAUCUGCUCCUGCUCUCACCUCUCUCUUACAUGUCUACACUGUCCUUGUAUGUCCUCUUAACCCAUUGUGAUCCUAUGUGUUUCUGGCUGAACACCGAUG